AUGGAGGGUUAUGAGAAUUUCGAGGAGGUUUCGUUUCGUUCCCCUGGUGGUCUUGUUUUCGAACCUCUUAGCGAGGAUGAGGAGGAAGAAGAGGGGGGGAGUAGGGGUGGGAGUGAGAGAGAGGAUACGGGGGAAGAGGUGGUGGUGUGUGAGGAUAUAAGGGAGUGGGAAGGGAUGCAGGAGAGGGGGAGGGGGGGAGUGCGGGAGAUAGAGAGAGAAGAUGAGGUGAGUGUGGAUGGAGGGGGAGUGAGAGACGCCAUUCUCACGCAGAUCUGUGUGCGCCUGGAGGCCAUGCUGCAGGAGGGGUGCGGGGAUCCCAACGUGCGACUGGCGGAUUUCUUCGACCUCUUUGCUGGUGAGCCGCCCUGCUGUCUCUUCCCGGCUGCCCGUGUAUACACAUCCCGUGCUCACAGCGCUUCACAGGGCAACGGGGCGGCCUGCCAUCAGGGCAGCCAUCAGGGCUCAGAGUAUAGAGAACUGGGUGUGCAAUUUCCGUCUCUCCCUCCUCCCUCUGUCACCCCAGGCACCAGCGGCGGGGGUCUGCUAGCUCUCAUGCUCACAGCGCCCCACAGGGAGACAGGGCGACCGGCCAUCAGGGCUCAGGACGUGGAUGGUGGACGUCCUGGAGAAACUUCUGCGUUUUUCCGCAGGGAGCACUAUGGCUCUUCUCUGCUACUUCACUUCACUGCACCCAUCUUCGCCGCCCUCCACCCCCUCUCCCCCCGAUUUUCUCUCAUAUGGAGGUCCUAG